GGAAGUCAACAGGAGAGUGCGCAUGAGUCCAUUUAAAGUCUCAUGAGCGACGGGCAGACUAAUGUUGCUAAGCUGUUUUUUUUUAUCUGGUUCAUUUUAAAAUGUUUUGAACAUGUUCUAUUUUUCUCAUCGGCUCGCUGGACUUCAUCCUGGAGGAGUCAGGUUUACCUGAACACGUUGAGCUUGAGAGCUGAUGGAGAGAGGCAGGGCUGAGCGCGGUGCCACUCCAGCGCGCUGAGCAGGGAUUUCAUUCAGCGCGCAGCGCAAUCUGCCGCAUGACCUGUGCGUCUUUUCUCAGCCAUUCAACUAUUUGUGCUUAAAUUUCCACCAAACAGAGGAGGCAAAGGAGCCUGUUUUGUUUCCCUGCCAGCUUAAUGGGGAUCACCCCUCUACCACAUGCAUCUGGCCACGGCGUAAGGUGUACCUCAAGCGACCUGCAGGAGCGUCUAGUUAAUUGAAAUCGAUCCACUGGUUUGUUUUUUUGAAUGUGAAGCAGCGGCAGAAGGUUUUUCUCCUCCUCCUCCUCUUCCUCAUCCUUCCCCAUCCUCUUACCUCCAACAUGACUUCACUGUCGGGGACUAAGGAGAGGAGCAGCCGGAGCAGAAAACAUGGGAUGUCUGACUCCUCCCCAACAAAAUCUGCCUCCUUUUUCCCUGACACAUGGUGCCGAAAAGCCUACGAGGAAAACACCCGUUCUGGCACUCGUCCCACACCUGAGGGAGCCGGCUCCAUGCCCAGCUCCACGGGCACCCCUUCCCCAGGCUCUGGGAUCUCAUCACCUGGAUCCUUCUCUGGAUCUCCUGGAACCAUCUCCCCAGGAAUUGGCACUGGAUCACCAGGUUCCCUCGGUGGUUCCCCGGGUUUUGGGACCGGGUCACCGGCCUCAGGAAGUGGAAGUUCCCCGGGAAGUGAGAGGGUGAUAUGGUGUGAGAACUGCAACACACGGCUGAUGGAGCUGAAACGUCAAGCACUGAAACUGCUCAUCCCUGGACCAUAUUCCAGCAAGGAUCCCUCCUUCUCACUCCUGCUCCAUGACAAGCUUCAGGUGCCAAACAGCUCUCGGCGGGCGUGGAAUGAGCGAGACAGUCGCUGUGAUGUCUGCUCCACUCAUCUCACCCAGCUCAAACAGGAAGCUGUACGCAUGGUCCUCACCCUCGAUCAGUGGGAUCUGUCACCUACUUCUUCGCCUCCGGCUCGCUAUGGAUCUCAUGGACACACAGGACCAUCAGGAGCCUCGGGAGUACCAGGAAGUCAACUUUCACGAGAAUGGUCUCCUACAGUUCUUCCCUCCUCCUCUGUGACUGCCUCAUACACUCUUCACUCGUCCUUUCAGUCUCCCUCUCCAAGCCCUAGUCAGACACCAACGCCAAGCCCAAACCAUGGACAGAGUCCCUCAGGGGUGCAAACAUCCAGCUGUGGUCCUACAAAUCAGCAGCUCCAAGGGGCAGGAAACAAACUGGGAUCAAAACCUAGCUCCCUGGGUCUUGGAGCAGGGGUAGAUCGAAGGAAUAGCUCCCCUAGUUCAGGAAAAGCCAGCGCCCAACUGCAACCAGUGAGUGGAGUAAACAGUCCAAGUAAUAUUGGUGGAGGAGCCAUACUGAGUGCAGCUGCUUUACAGGCUCAUCAGCAGCAGAACCGGACAAAUGGAGGAGUUACUCUGUAUCCAUACCAGAUCUCCCAGAUGAUUUCUGACGCUUCAAAAGAAGGAGGCACUGAAGCUGCCCUGAACCGCUACAACUCCCACUCCCGUGCAAAUACGAACUCACCAUCGCACACCAGCUCUCCCUCUAACACUCCAGCGGUUACCACCUCAGCACCCACUGCCACUUCUGCAGCUGCCUCCUUUUUUGCCAGAGCCGCCCAAAAGUUGAACUUAACAUCAAAGAAAAAGAAGCAGAAAACCACGACACUUACAGCCCCAGUGACAUCAUCUCCAUCCCCGUCAUGUGAUCAUAAUCUGUUCCCAACUAACUUCAGCUCUGCUUUGUUGACGGCGCCUCCACCUGCCCCACCUUGUCUUCUCAGAGCAGCCAACAAGGUCAAAGAUAAUCCUGGGCUUGGAAAGGUGAAAGUGAUGGUGAGGGUGUGCCCCAUGUCUCAGUCUGACGCAGCAGAGUCCAGCUCCUUCUUAAAAGUAGAUCCCAGAAAGAAACAGAUUACCAUCAUGGAUCCAUCAACAAAUCAGGCCACAAGUUCCGCCUCUCAGAAAAGGACAGGAGCAAAUCAUGUUCCACCAAAGAUGUUCACCUUUGAUGCUGCCUUUCCUCCUGAUGCAUCACAGGCGGAGGUGUGUGCAGGAACAGUGGCCGAGGUCAUCCAGUCUGUGGUUAAUGGAGCCGAUGGCUGCAUCUUCUGCUUUGGACACUCAAAGCUAGGAAAAUCGUACACAAUGAUUGGGCGUGAUGACUCUCUUCAGACCCUGGGUAUAAUCCCCUGUGCCAUCUCAUGGCUGUUUAAACUCAUCAAUGAAAGAAAGGAGAAAACAGGAGCACGGUUUUCUGUUCGUGUCUCUGCUGUGGAGGUUUGGGGAAAGGAGGAAAACCUAAAGGAUUUGCUGUCUGAAGUUGCCACAGGCAGCUUGCAGGAUGGACAAUCACCUGGAGUCUAUCUCUGUGAAGACCCGAUCUGUGGCAUGCAGCUCCAGAAUCAGUCUGAGCUCCGUGCUCCCACCCCAGAGAAGGCAGCCUGGUUCCUGGAUGCAGCCAUCGCAGCUCGCCACAGCAGCCAGCAGCCCAACACCACAGAGGAGGAACACAGGAACUCUCAUAUGCUCUUCACAUUGCACAUAUACCAGUACCGCAUGGAAAAGACAGGCAAAGGAGGGAUGUCCGGAGGUCGUAGUCGCCUUCAUCUACUGGACCUGGGAAGCUGUGAUGUUAAAGUACUCGGAGGAGGAGGUGGAAAAAGCAAAGAGAACUCUUCACCAAGCUCAGCUCCUCUGUGUCUUUCUCUGUCUGCUCUUGGAAACGUGAUCCUGGCCCUGGUCAAUGGGAGCAAGCACAUUCCAUACAAGUAGGUUUCUGUGCUAAAAUAAAUUGAUUGGAAACUGAAGAGGAGAAAAGAAGAGGGAAAAUUAGCAAAUGUGUGAGAUAAAUGUGGUGAAGAGCGAGGUACGAGUAGGAGGGAUGAGAGAUGAGAGGAAAUCGGAGAGCAGUUUUCUUUUGGUGCUUCAGGUUUGGAGGAACUUAACGUUUUAAACAACAACAGAUGCUGUUCCAUAUUCA